CUGUUUGUCCAGCCCGUCACUAAAGGGGGGGACUUAUAGCUUAGCAUCGGACCUUCCUGCAGCCUCGACACCUCCGCAGCGGCAACAACAACAACAACAACAACAACAACAAUAAUAAUAAUGAAGUUCGUGAGGUUCAUCAUGAAAAACGCCUCGUUGGCCAGCGUGCCCAAACACAUCGAGCAUUUCUCUAAAUUCUCUCCCUCGCCGCUCUCCAUGAAGCAAUUCCUCGAUUUCGGCUCCAUCAACGCCUGUGAGAAGACGUCCUUUGCCUUCCUGAGGCAGGAGCUCCCGGUGAGGCUUUCCAACAUCAUGAAGGAGAUCAACCUGCUGCCCAACCGGCUGCUGACCACCGCGUCGGUGCAGACGGUGCAGAGCUGGUACAUCCAGAGUUUAAUGGAGAUCCUUGAAUUCCUGGACAAGAAUCCUGAUGACUUCAAAGUCCUUGGAGAGUUUGUUGACGCCUUGGUGACCAUCAGAAACCGGCACAACGACGUGGUGCCGACGAUGGCCCAGGGCAUCAUCGAAUACAAAGAGGCCUUCCCUCAGGACCUGGUGACCAACCAGAACAUCCAGUACUUCCUGGACCGCUUCUACAUGAGCCGCAUCUCCAUCCGCAUGCUCAUCAACCAGCACACUCUUAUCUUUGAUGGAACCCUCAACCCGGUCCACCCGAACACCAUCGGGAGCAUUGACCCCCAGUGUGAAGUCGGAGAUGUAGUCCAGGACGCUUUCCACAGUGCCAAGAUGCUGUGUGACCAGUACUACCUCCGCUCCCCUGACCUCAUCCUACAGGAGAUGUGCAGCAAGAAGAAGAAGAAGAACCUCCCGAUGAGCAUCGUGUACGUGCCCUCUCACCUCUACCACAUGCUGUUUGAGCUCUUCAAGAACGCCAUGAGGGCCACAAUUGAGACUCACGACAAGAGCAACACCCUUCCACCCAUUCAGGUCAGGGUGUCCCUCGGAGACGAGGACAUGUCAAUCAAGGUGAGCGACAAGGGUGGCGGUGUCCCCUUUCGGAGGAUCGAGAACCUCUUCAGCUACAUGUUCUCCACCGCUCCGGCUCCGCAGAUAGGAGAGCACACACGGCCUCCACUGGCUGGUUUCGGCUACGGCCUGCCCAUCUCCCGUCUCUACGCCCAGUACUUCCAGGGCGACCUGCAGCUCUACUCCAUGGAGGGCCACGGCACGGACGCCGUCAUCUACCUGAAGGCGCUGUCCACAGACUCCAUCGAGAGGCUGCCGGUGUACAACAAAACCACUCUGAAGAACUACAAAGUGAGCCAAGAAGUCGACGACUGGUGCAUACCUAGCAAAGAGCCUCUAGACCUGAGCAUCUGUAAGGUUCCCAAGUGAAAAUGGCCGACGCACCGCGGAGCCGUCACAGUUUCUGUCUUCAUGUAACUUUAUCUUUUUAAAGUCUGUUUUUUUUCUAUAGCAAUCUUCAUCGUUGCUUUUAGUCCCUUUUGGGUUCUUCGUAGGAGAACCGGUACUAACGGAUAGGACUUUGCGGGAGGUGUGUUGCACCGGGCGUGCAGGUAGAGGAAAACGAAGGGGGGCUGCGUUACAGGUGUGUUGCCGUGGCUACAGCAGUGGGAAGAAGAGAGGAGGGGUUUAAAACGUUCCAGUUUUAAGACGCCGCCCCCUCUCGAGCUGCAGAUGUUUGAGCAGCGGGCGUAUGGAGGUUCAGGAAAAGGUCACCCCAAAGGCUCACUUCAUCGAGAUACUUUCAGUAUCUGAACUAAUACUCUGCGUUCAUUUUGAGAGUACUGUGAUACUGUGUGCAUCCGUAGAUUUGAUCAAAAUGUACGACUUUUAAAUUGAGUUUUUUGCUCUCUGCACGGAUGCUUUUGACUGAUAAGAUACGGCGUUAUCUUAGCGUGGAGUAAUCCACUCUUCUUCUUCUGUGCAUGGAUUACGGAGACAGAGAGGGGAUUGAAAGAGGGGAUUGAAAGAGGGGAUUGAAAGAGGGGAUUGAAAGAGGGGAUUGAAAGAGGGAAUUGAAAGGGGGGAUUGAAAGAGGGGAUUGAAAGGGGGGAUUGAAAGAGGGGAUUGAAAGAGGGGAUUGAAAGGGGGGAUUGAAAGGGGGGAUUGAAAGAGGGAAUUGAAAGAGGGGGGAUUGAAAGGGGGAGGAUUGAAAGGGGGAUUGAAAGAGGUUUAAAAGGGGGGUUUGAAAGAGGGGAUUGAAAGGGGAUUGAAAGGGGGGAUUGAAAGGGGAUUGAAAGGGGAUUGAAAGGGGGGAUUGAAAGGGGAUUGAAAGGGGAUUGAAAGAGGGG